AUGGUAAAUAAAACUUCAACAAAUAAUAAUAAAGAACCAAGAAGAAUGAAAAAACAUUAUUUAAAAUCAAAUGCUUCAAAUUUAAAAAAAACUUUACAUAAAAUUAAAGUUAGAGGAUUUGAGAAAUUACCAGUUUCAGUACUUAGUGGAUUUUUAGGAAGUGGUAAAACUACUUUAUUAAAUUAUAUUUUAAAUUCAAAUCAUGGUUUAAAAAUUGCAGUUAUUGUAAAUGAUAUGAGUGAAGUUAAUAUUGAUUCAAAAUUAAUUUUAGAAAAUGAAUUUAAAAUUACAAGAACUAAAGCAACGGAAAAACAAGUUGAAGCAGUUGUUGAAAUGUCAAAUGGUUGCAUUUGUUGUACAAUGAGAGAGGAUUUAUUGGUUGAAGUGACGAAAUUAGCUAAAGAGAAAAGAUUUGAUUAUUUAAUUAUUGAAUCCAGUGGUAUUUCAGAACCGUUACCAAUAGCAGAGACUUUUACAUUUGAAAUUGAUGGUAGUAUUGAGAAUUUAAAAGAUUAUACUAAAUUGGAUACAAUGGUGACUGUAGUUGACUGUUCAACAUGGUUAGAACAAUAUCAAUCUGGUGAGAGUUUAAAAGACAAGGAUAUGCAAGCCACUGAUCAAGAUGAACGUUCAUUAGUUGAUUUAUUAUUAGACCAAGUUGAAUUCUCAAAUGUGAUUCUAUUGAAUAAAUGUGAUUUAGUAUCAGAAGAGAGAGUGAAAACAAUUGAAGGACUGAUUAAACACAUUAAUCCAGAAGCCAGACUACUCAGAUCUACAAAUAGCGUGGUGCCAUUGAAGGAGAUAUUGAAUACGGGUUUAUUCGACUUCAAGAAAGCAUCAGAGCAUCCAGGUUGGUUAAAAGAGUUGAGAGGUACACAUGUACCUGAAACCAUUGAAUACGGUAUCAAAAGUUUCAUUUACAAAGCAAGAAGACCAUUCAAUUCUGAAAGAUUAAGUAAUGUCAUUGAAAAAGGGUCGGCUGUAUUUGGCGGUGUUUUACGUUCAAAAGGUUUCUCAUGGAUAGCAUCAACACCUGAAUUAAUUGGUAUGUGGAAUUUAGCUGGUGUUCAAAUGACAAUCUUAAACUAUGGUUAUUGGUUAGCAGAUUUAAAACCACAUGAAUAUCCAAACCUUGAUCUUCAAAAAGAAAUCAAAAAGAAUUGGUCAGAACCAUUUGGUGAUAGAAGACAAGAAUUGGUUUUCAUUGGUGGUAAUACUAUGAAUCAAUCAUUAAUUGAAUCUGAAUUAAAUAAUUGUCUAUUAACUGAUGCUGAAUUACUAUUAGGCAAAGAUAUUUGGAGAACUUGGAUUGAUCCAAUUCAAUUAGAUGAAGAAUUAGAAGAAGAAGAAUUAGAAGAAGAAGAAGAAGAAGGAGAAUAUAAAGAUGAAAUUGAAAUGAAGGUUGAUGGUAGUAAAUUCAAAAAAUAA